UUCACUGUUCUCGGUUAGUGCCUCGUUUGCGCGUGCGCAGCGCCCGUACGCGCUCUCUGUGAAAUAUACUACGAACACUUGUGUACAAGAGUUAUUGAAAACGAGUGAAAAUUAACGCGUAAGUGACCAAUAACAUCGAGUAAUGUGCUCGUAGGAGUAGACAAACAAGAUGACAACGAUAUGGAGUGCCAAAGACCAAAUAAGGAUUAUGAAGCUAGUGAAUGUGAUAAGUGAGUGAUUCAAGCCACAAUGGAAGGCGUUAGAGUGACGCACCAGGGAGUGCGCGCCCAUUCGGCCGAAGGUUCGGCGGGCCGCAUCACCCAAGCCGGGCUGGCUGCGCGGAGCCCUGAGGGGACAGCUGCUAAAGGAAUGGCCAUUAAAGGACAUGAAGAUUUAUGGGUCGAAAUCCAAGCCAAUACCUUUAGAAACUGGGUGAACGAAACACUAAAACCAGUGGACAUAAAGGUCGUGGACUUGGUUGAAGAUUUAAGGGAUGGCACUGUGUUGUGUUCACUGGUGGAGGCCUUGCAGGGUCGCAGAUUGAAAGGUUGGAACACCAGCCCCAACAAUCAACAUCACAAAUUGGAAAAUGUCACCACAGCCCUCCAAGCUAUUGAAGACGAUGGUGUAAAACUUGUCAAUAUUGGUAAUGUGGACAUCGUCAAUGGCAAUCUUAAACUUAUAUUAGGAUUAAUCUGGUCACUAAUUGUUCGAUACCAAAUUGGUAGAAGCAAAUUCCCUCCAAGAAAACUAAUGUUAUCGUGGUUACAGUCUGCACUGCCAGACUGCCGUGUUAACAACCUGACGACUGAUUGGAACAGUGGUGUAUUACUUUCUGCGUUACUUGACUAUUGUAAGCCUGGUACAUUCCCUCAUUGGCGGGAACUAAAUCGUCACGAAGCCGUAGAGAAUUGUCGUCGAGCGAUGAAGUUAGCUCACAGAGAGCUCGACGUCCCUAUGGUAUUGGAACCAGAAUACCUUGCCUCACCAUGGCUAGAUGAGCUUUCUGGCAUGACUUAUUUGUCGUACUUCAUGAAACCUGGCUCCGCUGGGUACAGGGCUACGCUUGACUUUGUAAAUUCGCGACUGGAGAGGGGUAUAACAAACUUCACAACUGAUUGGAACGAUGGUCGAGUGGCCAAUGAACUAGUAAGAUCAAUGGGUGGACCAGCACUACCGCCGAACAGAUUGCGACGCGAUCCCGCCCGAUGGGAAGAAAAUAAUCAGCAUGCCAUUGAUGCAGCUAAGAAAAUUGGAGUUCAACCAGUAUUAUCAGCUAAGGAUAUGAGUCAAAACGAAACUGAACACUUGGGGGUGAUGACCUGGGCUACUCAAUUCCGCAAUGUCGCUCCAAGACCUCCGGUGCAUGAUAUGUUGCGAGUUGCUCUUGACUCUACGUCUGGAAGAGUUGGAGAAGAGACGUAUAUAAGAGUAGAGUCCAUAUCGAACGAGCUCUCAAUAUCAGACGUAAAAGUGUCCAUCGUUAAUCCGCUAGAACAGGAGUCUGUAUUGAAACUGAACUCCCGAGGGGCCGGUGAGUUCGUGCCGGAGCACGCCGGCAUGCACGAAAUAGUGCUCACAGUUGACGAUAUUAGAGUGGAUGGAAGAUAUUUCUUCAGGGUGCUACCAAGGCUGGUCAUGGUCCCACCGCCAGGCAUGGCGCCCUGCGCCGCUGGUAGUCUCGUGGAGGUUCUAGUCAGUGCUACUGGAGCACCAAGAAGGGAAGAUAUUGAUGUAACAGCACACUCGCCUAGCGGUCGAGCUGUUCCGCUGCAAGCGCGACACCCACCGCCUUCUGCGCCCGGCACCACUGCCUCUAGCGCCACCUUCCAACCUGACGAAGCUGGUGUAUGGACUAUAGCUAUCACUUACAAAGGCGAGCAUAUACAGGGUGGUCCAUUCACCUGUGAAGUGUUCGACCCAGCUGGUGUUCGCCUCAGUCCUGGAGCAUUGGAAGGCGCUGAGCCUCUCAAACCACAUUCCUUCGAGUUGGACACUAGCGGAUGUGGUGUGAAGGGUGAUCUGCAAUUAGAUAUAGUUCAUGACAAACGCAGCGUCAUGUGCGCUCUUGAGAAGCUAUCAGCAACGAAGUACCGCGCUACAUUCAUGCCAAAGGCGCCUGGAAAACAUAGACUGUAUAUUUACUUUAACGGAUACGACGUGCACGGCUCGCCGCACAUGUUCCGCGUAGGUUCGAGGUCGAAGAAACCUCGUGAAAGCUCUAGUCCCUCCCCGGCAUAUGCAAGAAUAUCGAGUCCAGUGACUCGUUUAAGAUCGGAAAGUCCCAUGAACCAUUACAAUUUAUACGAUUCAAGUACGACAAAACACAAUACGAGCUCGAUGGAACGUCGCGAAGAGCGACGUGACUCAGCCGAUUAUUACAAAUCAUCCUUUAGCUCAGAUACUAAAGAGAAGAGCUAUGAUAUCACAGACUCUGCAUAUUCCACGUCUAGAGCCAAUAAAAUGGAAAGCUUCACUUCGAGAUAUGGUUCCGAAAGUCCUAGAAAUAGAACUGCAAGUCCUAUAACGACAAAACAUCUGGGAAAUGGGUCUAGACUUGACCUGAAUAGGUCUACAAGUCCUUACAGAGCAGGUAGUCCGUUCAGGGCAACAAGCCCUGUAGGUCGUACAACGAGUCCGCUGGCAAGAAAAGACAGUCCUUUGAGUCCUUUGAGGACCGCAAGUCCAAUUAAUAGAGUAAGUAGUCCCACGGGAGUGAUCAGCAACGAACCUCUCUAUAGUCCAGUGACAACAACCAAGCGAGUUGUGGAAAAGCGUUCCAACUACAAGAUGUACAGCUCAUAUAGUGGCUCCCAAGAUAAUUUAGACCAAGGAAGUCCAUACUCAUCAUUGGAAACUGAUCAUGUCAGAAGACUCGGGAGCCCUAAUACGGGUGAUCCUGGAGGGAAACCUUAUGUUGGCAGAAAAGACUCUUGGGAUUCUGUUGAGAAGACAAGACAGAUGAUGAGUGCUAACAGCUUGGAUACCAGUACUCCCGAACGCUACGGACAGAGUACCCUGGAUCGAGAGACGAAGCGCAACACGCAACUAAACAAAUUCAGUGACUUCUCGCGCGAUUCAUUCAACCGACAACUGGACCGGCUCGCAGACGAUCGCGACUCUGAGACCUACACUAGUCGACAAGAGUUCAAACGCGAAGUGCGUGAAAGCUCGUACGUGGUGCGCGACUCAUCGUACAGCAGCGUCGAGGAGCGCCAGCAACAGCAACAACAACAGCAGUCUUUUUUAUCCAAUAGGCCCCCCCGCGACCCGAACGGGGGGGCCCGAACUGAAACGGACGCCGCUCACGCACGUUUCAGAUCAAUUCAAAGGGAUAACAAUAGAGGUGCCAAAGGAGUAGUCGUAAAACCGAGUUACAGAGGUGUGGUGGGACAACCUGUUGAAUUUAUAGUGGACUGCAGCAAUGCCAGGCCAGGUCAUUUAGAACUCGAAGUAUCAGGCGGUAACGGUGCCCUCGUUGCGAGUUCUGUCCGUCCUUUGGGCGGUCAUAGAUAUGCCGCAUCGUUCACGCCGCGGCUUCAGCGACCUCACGCCGUACGCGUCACAUUCAACGAAGAACACGUACCUGGAUCCCCGUGGAAGGUCGAGGUGAUGGCAGGGCCGGCGGGUGGUGGCGGGGAGCCCACAAAACUGAUCCCUGCUCGAGUGCCAGCUGUCUUCGAAAUCUCCACCUCUCCGGGAACAGCGACUUUUAACAAAAACGAGGUAGGCGUGACCGUGACAGCACCGUCUCGACGGCCAGUGACAGCCCGGGUGCUGGACGUAGCCGAGCGACCAGGAGUUUACCGCAUUGAAUUUACACCUGAAGAAGUCGGUACUCAUCUCAUCGAUGUUACAAUUGCUGAUGAUAAGGUGGCUGUGGGUCCACUGGUGGCGAAAGUUUACGAUGCCAGCCUCAUCAAAGUAACAGACGUCGGUAACGCUGUCGUCGGACAACAAUGCCAAUUUAAAGUUGACGCUAGUGCUGCUGGAGAAGGCCAAUUAGAAAUUUCUAUUAACGAGGGCGAAGUACCAAAUCACGUCCAGGUCGUAGGUGGUGGACGUUGUCUUGUAUAUUGGAAGCCAGAAACGCCAACGCCUCAUAGAGUAGACAUUAAAUUCAAUGGAGAGCCAGUUCCAUCAUCACCAUUUAUUUUUCAUGUUACGGCAGCGCACAGAGUCACCAUAGAUACGUCACAAAUUGAACUAAUACCUGUUGGAGAAACUGCAUCAUGCUCUGUACGAGUGGAAGGUUCAACAGGUGGGGAGCUCACGGUGACAGUCCGUGGCCCCCGGGGUGAAGUUCCUGUGAGGCUGACUGGAGAUGUCAUCACUGGUCUAGUAGCCAGCUUCAUACCAAGGGCUGUAGGACCUCACACACUCACAGCACAUUAUAAUAAUCAACCUAUAGCAGGAACGCCAUUUGUUUGCAAAGCAUAUGAUGGAAAAUUAGUAAGUGUGACAGGAGGUUCAUCAGCCCGAGUUGGUGUGCCAGUACAACUAGCAGUAGAUGCUGCACAGGCAGGAGAGGGAAACCUUGAAAUUACUGUUGCUGCCCAUGGACUAAACAUACCCACACAAGUACACCCACAGGGGAAUGCUCGCUUUACAGUAUCAUUCACACCAACAGAAGCAUGUGACCAUGUUGUUAAUGUGUCUUUUAAUAAGAUGCGCGUGCCUGGCUGCCCUCUUGUGAUCGAAGUGUCUGAGGGCAGUGGCGGCGGCGCUCGCGUGACGUUACCCGGGCCGGCGCCACUGCACCAACCCGCAGCCCUCACGCUCCACCACCCCACCGCCACGCUUGACCAGAUCGAAGUCAACGUCGAGGGUCCGAACGGAGCGUCGGUACCGGCCGCGGUGUCGGCUGCGGGCGCCGGCGUGUUCCGAGCGGAGUUCGUGCCGCGAGCCGUCGGCGAACACCGCCUCAAUGUGCUCGUUGACUCAGCGCCGAUACCCGCUAGUCCUUUCCAUUUGAAAGUAUAUGAUGUUAACGCAAUAAGAGUUAAAGAUGUUGCACAUGGGAUCGUCGGAAAACCUGUUACAUUUUUGGUGGAGACCAUGGCAGCGGGUCCCGGUAAUCUGGAAGUGACUGUGAACGGUGGCCGAGUCCCAACAGGCGCUGCCGCUCAGGGCGCCCACACAUACGCUAUAAGCUUCACGCCAAAAGAUCCAAGGCCACACACCGUCGAAUUGCGAUUUAAUGGAGAUCAUGUACCAGGCAGCCCGUUCAUAUGUCACGUGUCUGCGCCGGCGCGGGUGAUCGGCGCCGGCUCGAGCGAGUCCCCGGACAAGGUGUCGGUAGGCGAUGCGUACAAGUUCAACGUGGACUCGCCCACCUCGCCGCAUGUCGAAGUGCUCGGCCCUGCGAGGCGGCCUGUCCCUGUACAGAUGUCAGCUGAAGAUACUAUUGGUGAAAAUGAAGCAAGUAAACGUUACACCAUCUCAUUUGUUCCUGUCGAUGUCGGAGAUCACAGUAUAGAGGUACGUGCUGGGUCAACCGGUGGACACGUGGAAGGCAGCCCUUUCCUGGUGAAGGCGUAUAGUGCAGCGCGCGUGUCCGUCACCGACAUCUCGCCCGGUGUCGUCGGCAGGCCCGUCUCCUUCACUAUUAACGCGUCGCAUGCCGGUGCUGGCAACUUGGAAAUAAUUGUAGCAGUAAAUGGAAGAAACGUGCCAAAUUUUGUUCAAAGUGAGGGGAAUGCCAGAUUUAAGGUGAACUUCAAGCCGGUGGAGGCGGCGCUGCACACGCUGUCGGUGCGGUUCAACGGGCACGCGGUGCCGGGCUCGCCGUUCACAUGCGCGGUGUCGGCGCCCGCGCACGCGGCCGACGCGCGCGCCGCCGGGCCCGGCCUCGCCUCCGCGCCCCGCGCACAGCCCGCAGACGUACACCUCACGGGAUUCCACUCGGGCGAGCCGGCGGUGUUCGUGACGGGCCCGGGCGGCAGCAGCGUGCGAACCCGGCUGACAGCAUUAGGCGAGGGCCGAUACACAGCGACAUACACGCCGGAGGCUGUCGGCCGCCAUUCCGUGCAGGUCACCUGCGCCGGCAGACACGUGCCCGGCUCGCCCUUUACUUGCAACGUGUACGACGUGAGGAGGGUCAGGGUCACCGGACUUGGACCUGGAGAACUAGAAGGCACAUUAGAAGGUCUGAGUUUGGACGAUGGAGCGGAUGAAGAGCGAGGUGUGGAGGUCGGCAAGCCAGUGACGUUCAGUGUGGACGCGGCCGGCGCUGGUGAAGGCACGCUCGAAUUGGUCGUGUCUACACCCUCCACUACCGUUAAGGCUGAGGUUGUUGCAGUGGCGCGCGGUCUAUACGAUGUGACGUUUGUGCCGGUGUCACGCGAACCGCACCGCGUCUCUGUCACAUUCAACGAGCAGCCUGUGCCUGGCAGCCCCUUCGUGUGUCGUGUUAGUGAGCCGCACACAUACGUACAGAUCGGUGGCGUAGCAACAGUAGAAAUAGACGAGACCCUCAACGACGUGGAAGUUCUAUCGCCCACCGGCACUCGUGUAACUGAGGCUCGUAUCGAGGACACCGGCCUCCUCACGUUCCCGGCGAAUCGCGUUGGCAGAUACGUAGUUAGGGGCUCGAGGGGGCCGAUCGCUGAAGUGGAAGCGUUAGAUGCUGCCGCUGUCAAAGUGCUGUCUAUUGGUGACGCUGUUGCACACCGACCGGCGAUAUUGACUGUUAGCACGCAAGGCGCAGGCGCGGGUCGUCUAUCGGGCCGCGUGUGGUGCGGAGGUCAGCCAGUGCCGCACUCGGUGCGGCGGCGGGGCGGCGGCCGCCAGGAGCUGGUGUGGCACCCCGCGCGGCCAGCACCGCACCGCCUCGCGCUGCUCUGGAGCGGCGUGCCGAUCGCACGCGAACCGCUUCUCGUCGACGUGCUGCCCGCACACCAUGGACAGGAGGUAUCAGCAUCAGGGUUAGGUUUGUACCAAGCGCAAGUGGGCCGGGUGGCGUCGUUCAGUAUCGAUACACUCGGGAGGCCGGCUCGCGAGUUCGACGUGGUAGUCUCGGGGCCCGGCUCUAGGGCCUUACCUGUACGGUGCUAUCAAACUAAAUCGGGCUUGUUGCAAGCUGAAUAUACUAUUACAGAAGUAGGACAGAGUACUAUUGAAGUAUUACAUCUUUCAAAGCCCGUCUCUGGCAGCCCGUAUACAUGCGAAUCGUUUGAUCCCCAUAGAGUCAUACUGUCCGGAUUGCCCUCUGGCAACAUCAUAGCACAUACGCCUAUAAAUUUCACAGUGGAAACAAAAGACGCGGGCGUAGGCGAACUGGAGGUGGUGUGCGAGGCGACGGGGGAGCGCCGCAUCCGAGUGCCGGUGGACGUGCGCGAGGACGGCCGCGUGCACCGCGUGCGGCUCCGGCCCUGUCUACCCGCACACUACCGCAUAUACAUCACUUACGGCGGCGCGAGCGUGACGGGUAGCCCAGUAUCUUUGGGCGUGCUGGGAGCGGGUACUGGCGGUGCCGCUGGUGCUCGCUGUGCUGGCACUGGACUUUCACACGCACACGUCGGCAAAGAGGCCGCCUUCACUAUUCACUGCGUCGACGACGCACCGCCCACUGUGCAGGUUGAAAGGCUGACAGAAGGUAAAGAAGACAACGCAGAGUCCGGCCUAUUGGAGUGUCGGGUGGUGAGCGGAGCGCCACGUGAGUGGCUCUGCGCGUACAUACCGCUUGUGGUGGGCCAGUACGAAGUGCGGAUAUUCACCGCAUCGGGACCGCUGCCCGGAAGUCCGUUCUCCGUAAAAGUCAUAGAUACAUCGGCUAUAGUGCCAGUAGGCGGUUGGGGAGCAGAUAAUUCUGGUCGCGUGCGAGCGCCCUCCAAAUUAGUUUUGGACACCAGCAACGCCGGGCCGGGCACACUUGAAUGCUUACUUGCCGGUAGACAUCAACGCGUAGAAACAGUAUCAGGUCGCGCGGUAGUGACGUUGGCGGCCGCCGAGGGUGUGAGUGGGGAACAAGAGUUAGAGCUGACGUACAACGGCGCACUGGUGGGCGGAGCGCCGCGUCGGGCGCUGGUGGCGUCCGGCAACACGGCCGACCGCGUCACGCUCGCCGGCCGCGGACUAGCGCAUGCGGCGCCGCACACGCCCGCUGUAUUCACUGUCGAUGGUAGCGCAGCAGGCCCGGGUGCUCCCGAGGCGUCGUUAACUUCCCCAGAGGGUGAGAACAUUCCGGUGGCGCUAGCGGCAGCCGGACCCGGCCUAUGGCGUGCUACUUACACUCCGCGCCGAGCUGGCGACCACCAGCUACGCGUGCUCUGGGCCGGUAGACUCGUUAAAGGAUGUCCACUGACAGUGAACGUGUCGGCGGGGUCCGAGAGCGGGGAUGCAUCCCGCGUAGUGUGUUCAGGCGCGGGGCUUGCAACCGGCGUGGUGGGCCGCGAAAUACGCUCCUGGAUAGACACCCGCCGCGCCGGCCCUGGGGAACUCACUGCACACUGUACUGGUCCAAAUAAGGUGGCAUAUUGCGAAUUGUACGAGCACGGGGACGCUACGUUCACAUUGAACGUGAAGCCCGCGGAGCCAGGCCGCCAUAUGCUGAGUAUACAAUUCGCGGGCGAGCACGUGCCCGGCUCGCCAUUCGUGCUCAAAGUUGCUGGGGCGCCUGACCCGUCUAAGGUCCGUGUGUAUGGCCCGGGCGUGGAGCCGGGCGUCCUAGCAACGUUCCAGUCGCGGUUCCAUUGCGACACUCGCGGCGCCGGCGCCGGUCAGCUCACGGUGCGCGUGCGCGGCCCUAAAGGCGCCUUCCGCGUCGAGAUGCAGCGCGAGAGCCAAAAAGACCGCACCAUCAUAUGCAAGUUUUCGCCCACCGAACCCGGCGAUUACCGGGUGGAGGUCCGAUGGGCGGGCCGCCACGUGCCCGGAUCACCAUUCCCCGUUAUGAUAUUCGACACUCAAGAAGAACUGCGUCGAUAUCUGCAAGCGACCGCCGCCUGACACUAGCGUAUCACUAGUAUUCCAAACGUUCAAUGCAGUCAAGUGCACACGGGUGGAGUAAACGGUAUAAUAACAUAGUCAUAUACUAACUAUAACUAAAAUAUUGUAAAUUGAAAGAAUAAAGUAGCUAGAAUUAAGUCAAAAAAGUUAUUAUGACUUUUUAGCUUCCAGGCAAUACUAAAUUUAAAAAAAAAAAAUACAAAUUUACGUCUAGACAAUUACUAUUUCACAACUGAUAGGGUAACCGAUCAGUAGUACAGUAAGCUUGGAAACUGUUCGCUAUCUUUUUUCUGCCUGUGUACCCUCGGCUUGACUGGUGUAUAGAUUGUAACGAAUGCGGAUGUAAUUAUUAGAUUUUCCAAUUAAAUUUGUGUAGUUUAAAUGACUUUGAGCAUUAUUAUUCGUGGCUAUAAUAUUUUUAUAUAUUUUUUUAAUAUUAAAAGUUUAAAUAUAGAGAAUGCAUUAAAUUUCUAUCGUAUUAGUAGAAAUUUUCAUAUUUAUUAUGUCGAAAUUACUUCACAGGUUGUUCAAUUACAAAAAAACUCUAGAAUACAAUUGAUAAACCACUAAUAUUAAUAUAUACUCGUGCAAUAUAUAUAUAUAUAUAAUUGUCCCUUCACUAGGAACUUGCCAAGUCGAACUGUCUCUCACAAUCAGUAUCCACUAAGAGCUUGCGCCCGUUAUAGGCAUGACAACCUUUUCGGAUUGCCUUUUAGGUUAGUCAUAAUUCAGAACUAUUGCUCAAUAAAAAUAGUUUUCGCUUACGUCACCUGCAUAUAUAUAUCCACUUUCAUUGAGUAAUAGUUCCGACUAAUACUGCCUUGAUAUCUCUUGGCUAUUAUCUACUCAGAAUUUUCUUUGUUUAAUUUACUCAAAUUUUACAAUUUACACAGUUUAUUUAUUUAUUUCAACCCUAUCGCUUUAAGCGAUAAGUUCGCCAUUUUGAUGCAUUUAUCAGGAAUAUACCACUUUUUUUUUUAAUUAACUGCUAUGGUUUACAUGGAAUGUGGGGAGAGGGAUGUGAAGAUCGACCAGCUUGAGUAUAUUCCUAGCAAUGGGUUUGCUUCUCUCUAUUUCGAACGCUCCUCAAUCGAAUAGUAAUGCUUAAUUAUUAUAAACUGUGCAUUGACUAAAGCAUCGUAUACAAUGACAUAUAGAGAUUAGAUUAUGUACAACGUUCAUUUGUAAAUAUGGUAUUGUUUAUUGGCAAGUAUAUUGUGUGCAAGUUUACGAAGAAUAUUCAAGUCUUUUCUUUUAAGUAUACAAUACGAGUAAAUAAUAAUAUUUUUUACAUACAUUUUAAUGGUAUGGUUGAAUGAGUGCAUGAUUUUGUAUUUAAGCGAAUUUAUCGCUUUCUAAACUUUAAUAAUCGAAAAUUAUUUAGCUUAACUAUUGGAGUAUUUUGGGUGUGUUAAAAAAAAUUAUGACUAUUAACAGAUAUGUCGCAUUUCCAUAUUUUUUAUUUCGACAAAUUGAAUUAAAUAGUCUAUUCAAUAUAAGAUAAUUUCUAACUUAUGUAUUUAAUGGUGUAAAACGCUAAUUGAUUUAAAACGUUUGUAACCGACGAGGGGAUAUUAGAACCACUAUGAUAUUAUUAAAUAAUAGGUGUUUUGUAUUUCGCUAAAACAUUAAAAUGUAUUUUUAGCAUUUAGAUGUAAUAAGUCAAUUAAUAUUUGUAAUUAUAACAAAUUCAUUUCCCAUUCGAUUCUCGUAAGCAAGUACACUCUAAUGCAGUUAUAAGCAUAAUAAACUGUUUAAUUGUUAAAAUUAAUUUAUUAAUGGCGACAUUUAGUCUUACCACCUAACUGAAUUAUAACUAAUUACUUUUCAUUUUUUAUAUAUAUCACGGCCUAUGUGAAUUACAAUAUUAUAUUGUAUCUCGGUUGAGUGAUAUUGCUGAGUUAUUAAUUCAGUUACUAAUAAAAAAUAUUGUUAAUAAAUACAACUUUAUUUACU